GAGGAGAAUUCCCAAGCCUGACAGUGUGACCUGUCUCCUCUCUGUCAAGACACCUGAUAGUGCUUGCUGAUUGCCUUAUUCUGGACAGUGUAGGCCAUUAUUUGGAAAUGGUAAUACUUCAGUUCUUGAGUCUAUUGUUACAGACCUCCCCUAUUCAUGAGAGAUGUUUUAUGUAUUUGGAGGAGUUUGCAAAUGAAAAGAACUGUUGGGAAAGGUUUUCCCAAUAUACUUCUUUCUACAGCAGGGAACAUCUUUGGGGACAUGAAGAGAGUAAAGAGAAUCAAUAUUUAUUUUUUUAAGAUUGUUUUCCUUAUCACACCUGGGAAAACAGGGUGAUUUCCUUGUGUACACCCUGAACAUCUCUCUUCCUCCCUUAUUUUCUUUCCUGUUAGUAGUUUCCAACUUGUUUUUCAAAUUGGUAGCCAUUUUGUGAACCUCUGCCACUUCACAUUCUACCUCAGCUACUUGGCUCGCUAUCACUAAUAUUAGUAUUUCAUUAAUUACAGUGGUACCUCGGGUUUACAGACACUUCAGGUUACAGACGCUUCAGGUUACAGACUCCACUAACCCAGAAACAGUACCUCGGGUUAAGAACUUUGCCUCAGGAUGAGAAUAGAAAUCGGGCGGCGGCGGCGGCACAGCAGCAGCAGGAGGCCCCAUUAGCUAAAGUGGUGCUUCAGGUUAAGAACAGUUUCAGGUUAAGAACGGACCACCAGAACGAAUUAAGUUCUUAACCCGAGGUACCACUGUACUUUAUGCUGAAAUCCCUGUCUUUAUCCUACUUUUAAGUAAAUUUUAACCCUGUUUAUCCAAAAGUUCCCGGUCACAGUUAGCAUUGAGGGAGCUAUUUUAGGCCCAACCUGAGGUAAAUGAUUGGCAAGCUUCCUCUGUAGUGAUGAGGACAUCAUCACUGUUACAACACCUGUAUUACUUACAAAAAUGACCAUGAAAGACAACUGUAAAACAAUCUUAAAAUGCUUGCCGUUAAUAUACAAAAUAAAUGUUUCUCACCUUCACUGUUGGGUUGCUAGUUUUAUGGUUUUUUUCACUUAAGAGUAAACCUGCUUAAAUUAAUGGACCUACUUUAGUCAUGCCCAUUAAAUUCAAUUGGUCUAUUCUGAGUAGGUCUAACAUAGACUGCAGCCUUUUAAUUAACCUUAAGUUUUUGUGUUUUUUUAGCUGUUUUAAUUGAUCAUUUUUAUAUUUUUAAUACACCACUUAAGAGGCUUUACUACAAUUAAUCAGUAUUUACAUUUUGUUAAAUAAAACGAAAUGGGGAAAAAAUAGCAUUCAGUUGGCUGUGCACAUUCUGCAAUACUUUGCUCCUUGAGGUUCAAACAGCUAUUCUUCUGUGCCCGUUUGGGGUUAGUGAAUAUUUUUCUAUUUAUGCAGACUUUUGCUACACCAAGUAAGAAAGGGGUCUGUGUUGAGGAUAGGUUUAUCUGACACUCUUUCCUUUGUUUGCUUGGGGGGUUGGAUUUAUAUAAUAUUUAUUUUUUAUUAUUUGUUUACCAUUUAAUACCCUACCUUUCCUCCAAGCAUGCACACUUCUCAUUUCCUCAUCCUCACAACAACCCUGUGAGACAGGUGAGGCAGAGAGAUAGUCAAUGAUCCAGUGAACUUCAUGGCUGAGUAGAAAUUUGAACCCUGGUCUCCCAAGGUCCCAGUCCAACACUUGAAGCACUACACCACACAUUUUGAUGAUAUUUGAGGAAGUGGUUUUAGAUAUCAGAUUUAGAUGUAACAUACCAUAAGCAUAUUUUAUAUGAUGGCUCCUAAGAUAAAAGGGCUUAGGAUCAAAGCGAGAUGAGUGCUGCAACCCCAGAGUUGGUCACGGCUGGACCUAAUGGUCAGGGGUCCCUUUACCUUUUUAAGAUCAAAGGGCAGUUUUAUGUCUAUGUUUGGAUACAACUGGGUGCCAUUUUGAAUCAAGACUAAAUCUUCCAAAACUGCAAUGAUUUUAACAAAACUUUUGCAUGAUGAUUCUUGAGAUCAAAUAGCAGGGUUUUCUUGGUCUAUAUUUAGAUACAACUGGAUGCCGUUUUGAAUCAAGAUAGUGGACUGAACCUGUCUAAACUGCAUGGAUUUUAACCACUGUAUUCUAAACUGUACUGAUUUUGUUGUUAUUUAUUUUACUAUUAGCAAUGCUGGAUAAGAGGCUGCUGGUGUUAAAGAAAAAGCAAAUGGCAAAGGAAACAUCCCAUAAGUGUGGAACUACCACUAAGAAGGCCCUCCCAGGAGUGCCCAUGCAUUGAACUUCAGCAGAAGAUGGAACUGCAAAUAGGGCCUGUUUUGCAAAUCUCAGUUCCCAGAUUGGUAUGGAAGGAGGCAUUCUUUCAUAUAUCUGAAGGAUAUGAAAGAGAUCUUGCUACUCAUCACUGCUCAAAAGUGAAAUUUAGGGGUAAGAAGCAAUAUUUUUAUUACAUUGUUAUUGUUAUAAGAAAAAAAUGCUCAUUUUCCCUUAUGGGGUAUCCUAGAGCCCAUAUAAAGUCCUUAGGAGAAAAUAACAGAGGCCAACCAGAGUAUAUUGAGAAGCAAAGUGGCUAGUAAGCCUGAUCUUUAUUAAACAGUUGCAACAGGGCCCCCACUCACCACACGCAGGAGGGAGGAGAGAACCCUGAACAAUGCUGUGCAAGCCCUUACAUAGACUUUUGAAAUUGCCCACCCUGUAGCUCAAGACCACCCCCCAAAACAGUAUACAUACAUCACAGGAGGCAGUCUACAGCAGAAAUCCUAUCUGCCAGGAUACCUGUUAAUGGGUUUACCUGGACAGCCUGGCCAUUCUUUUGUGAUGAUAAAUAUUUAAUUCCUGAGUCCUGGUCACAGGCUCACCCUAUUCAUACACAAAUGUGCCCUUAAGGCAGGAUUUGUGAGCACAGAGACAAUGGGGAGGCUUUUCCUAUUUCCAUCCAAACUGCAGAGGAAUAUUUGAAGUCACUGAAAGACUCAAAAUGGCUUUAGGACUGUUUUCCUAUACUGUUUCAGACAUGUGGUUUAUAUACUUAUGUAUGUGUUUGCCUGGUACAUUUAUGAACAUUUAUUUUAUAUCUUAGACCUUAUAAUUCUCAUAACAAUUAUAAUAGUGUUUCUCAAGUCUAAAUCAUCUUGGCAUGGUGAUUCAUUGAUUUAUUGUCACAUGGAUUUGGCUGCCAUCAGUUUCGUGCACUUUAACUGCAAGUUUUACAAUUACAUGAGGAAUCAAAGCAUAAAUUGUAAAGCCCAUGACCACUUGCAAAGGAUUUGCAACCCACUUGCAGGUUGUGACCCACAGGCUGGGAAAUGCCAAUUUGCAAAACAUUUAGCACAAGCUGUCCUCAGGAUUUCCCUGCCUGUUUCUGCAUGCUUGAAAUCUCUGAAUUUGUUUUAUGUACUUUUAGAUUUUUUAAAAAGUAUUACUGUAUAUUAGAUUGGAUAACAUUAAGGGACUUUGAUGUAUUAUAUUUGGAGGGAUAUGAUAAUCGGUAUGGGUAGCAUGCCUAUUUAAUAUAUGAGAAGGUAAAGGGGCUUCUUGAAUCAUCUAUUAAGGAAAUCAUUAUAUAAGAUCUGAACAAAAUAUAAAGGAAUACUAGAACCCAGGAUCCCCCUGUGGACCUCACCUAAAGAAGCGCAGGCAGUUAAGAAAAAGAAUAUGGAAAGGGAAUGGGCCACAUACCAAUUAUUAUUAGAAGGAUGACAGGAGGAGCCUACACUGAAAAAAUAUGAAGAAAUUAAGGGGCAUUUAACAGAUUGGCUGCAAUAUUUUCAAAUACAUCAAAGAUUAAUCAUUGAUAAGAAAACAGGACUUACAAAAGAAACAUCAAAAUUUGAAAAAGAAUUGAUACAAAGUAAAGGAAAAUAUAUAUCGCGGGUAUACGACCUCCUAUUAGAAUGGGAAGCAAAGGAAGAACAAGUGAAAACCGUAAUGGUGAGAUGGGCACAAGAUCUGAAUUAUAAUAUUUACAUGGAACAAUGGGAAAAAUUAUGACAGAAAGACACAAAAUUCAUGGCCUGUUAUAACCUCAGGGAAAACACAAUGAAGAUGAUGUACAGAUGGGACCAAACUCCAGAAAAACUUGCUAAAAUGUAUAAGAAUAGAUCACCUAUACUUUGGAGAUGUAACAGAGAAAUUGGGUUUUAUUUGCAUAUGUGGUUUAAGUGUACAGACAUUUGUGUAUUUUGGAAUAAUAUAUAUGAAGAACUUUAAAAACUAUUUAAAUUUACAUUAAAAAAAGGCCAGAAAUAUUUUUAUUAAGCAUCCUGCCAAAAGAAAUAGGGAAAUCAAAAAGAACAUUGUUCAUGUACGGGAUAACGGCAGCCAGAAUUUUAGUAGCAAGAAAUUGGAAAAAUACAACAAUACCCAAUACGGCAGACUGGCAAAACCUAAUGGUAGAAUAUCUGCAGCUAGCGAAGGUGACAGGAAGGAUAAGAGGCCAACCAAAACAAAAAGUCUACAAGGAGUGGAGAAUCUUUAAAGAAUACUUUAAAAACUAUGGUAUAAAAGGAAACAUCUUGGCAGAACUAGACUGAUCCUUGUAUUGUAUAAAUAUAAGAUAGUAGGGAGAUAAAAAGACUAUAUAAGAAAUAUGCAACUGUGUGGUAUAAGGUAAUUGAUAGAUAAAGUACAGUGAGAUUAAUUGGAAGUCAUUUUUAAUUUCUUCAUAAAUUUUAUAAUUUCAGUAUCAGGAGUAUAAAUGAUGUUAGUUAUACUAUUUUUGUUGUUUCUUAUAUUGUGGUUGUUUGUUUUAUUUCUUCAUUAUUUGUUUGUUUGAUUACAGUAGGUUUGUUUAUUUAUUUGUUCAUUUGUCUGUUUUCCCAUAAAUGUAUUUAUUUUAAAUUAAUAAAGAUAUACUUUUAAAAAGUAUUACUGUAUGUUAGGUUUUAGGGUUUUUUAUUUUAAUAACAGCUUCUUUAGACUGUACACCACUUUAGAGAUUUCUUAAAGCAAGUUGUAUAUUUAUUGAUUUAUUGGUUUUAGGCAGUGCUUUCAUUUUCAGGAUGUAUUAUUUUGUUUCACAGUAUGCCACUUAAGAUAUUUUUGAAAUGUUAAGCAGUAUAUUUAUUUAGUUCACUUUUGGAGAUAUGGCAACCCUGUUAAAACGCUUUUAAAUAAAUAAAAAGUUGAGCUUCUGGGAGAAAAGGCAGGAUUUCAGUAUAAGGUGGGGAAGGCAAACAAAAAAGUAGUUGCAAUAUAACCUAUAUUAUUACACUGCUAGGAAAAUUUCUUGGAGAGCGCAUGGCUCUCUUUUGGGCGCCAGUCAGUGCUUAGAAAAAUAAAAAUUUUAUGUGACAUGUCUGUGCAUGCGCAGGGACCACCGUUCUAUUUUCGCUUCUCCAACAUAGCUCCAUACAAGGCCGCGCCCACUCCUAUUUAUACAUAUGCAAAUAUUAACUUAUAGACGCACAUCCAUGGCGACCAAGCAGCAUCCGAAGAGGAGGCGGGAUUAAAGGCGACACAUCCGCCCCUGCGUUUAAGUUGUUGCCCAUCUUUUAAAACCUGUGCCUAUAGAGGAGUGUAUUUCUGCGCCUGCGCUUUGUCAUCCCUCUCCUGCUAUCCGUAGCCCCUCCGUGAGCAGUUAUCCUCUGUACGUCCCAUGCACAGAUAGCGUAUGCGCCUGCGCAAGAGAAUUCUCUCGCUACCUGAUAGGGAGGAGGGAGCUACAUCUUUACGUUCUUUUCUAUGAUGGAAGUGGGGAGAAGAGUAAAGGCGCCUGCGCAGUAAGCUCGGUUUUCUCGCACCCGUUGGGGGAAAAGCAACAUUGGAGCUUCUGCGCAUGUGCCUUUGGCUCACCCGCGUUCUCUAGUCUAGGCGCAGGGACGCGUCUGCGCUUGCGCGGCCACUCACGCGCACAGGAGUAAGCGAGGGGGCGGGAGGAAGAAAAAGUCCGCAUGCGUAUUUCGAUUCUACUAUCCCUCUGGUGGCGGCCGCGGGAAAGGAGAGAUAAAAACCAAUCUGCGCGCCUGCGCGCAACUCGCUUUCCCCUCGCCAGAACCAGGAGGAGGCGGCAGAGGAGGAGGAGGAGGCGGAGGCUCUCGCUGUGUGGAGAUAGCGUGAGGGGAGCCCAGGCUCUGCCGCCACCCCGUCUUCUCCCACGCAUAGGAAGACCCAGGAGAAGGAGGAGGAGCAGAGGCAGCUCCAGCUAAGCCCGGUCUGAGGCGAGGCUGCGCAGCUGCUCUGCUCUCUCAGUCCUUGCCUGCCUGUCUCUCCCCUCUCUUUCCCCGCCUCUUCUCGCUCCCAACAUGUCGGCGCCGCCGGCCAAAGUCAGCAAGAAGGAGCUCAACUCCAACCACGACGGGGCCGACGAGAUCUCAGGUGCGGGUGCCGGAGGCGGGGGCGAAAGGGGGUCUUGUGUGGCGCGCGGGAAUGGCGGGCGGGACCCGGAGGUGGGAGGGAAGAGAUGCACACGCCGAGGCUCUUCUCCUUUGCCCCCUCCGCAGCCGCCAUCUUCUCCAGCAGCAGCAGCGGCCGCCACCGGAGGCGGGAAGGGAAGCGCGCCUUCGAGCGGAGGGGGGCCUCGCUCGUGUGGGCCGGAUGUGCAGGCCGCGGCGGCGGCUGAGUCCAAGCGAGGGAGGGAGGCCAUGUUAAAGCGCCCCUUUUGUCUCCCGCGCGGCGCGCUCUCGCCCGCUCGCUCUCCUUGCGCCCUUGGCUGCUUUCUUCUUCCCGCCUCUGGCGGCGGCAACAGCAGCAGAAGGCCUCGCUCUUCGCUUCCGAUCCCUUUUAUACCGCUUCCUCGCACACAGAGAAUAUAUCCUCCCCGGCCGCGCUCCAACCGUGCUUUCUUUCUUUCCCGCCCCCCGCUUUUGCUUGCCGCCAUGAUUGCCUUCCCUGCAACGCAUGGCUUUUGCCUUGCAGCAGCUCGGAAGAAGGUUUUGUACUUUGGAGGCGGAGGAGGAGAGGGGCGCGUUUUGUGGGUGUCUUUUUACUACAAAGCGGCGGCUUCCCUCCUGCAGUUUGAGGGGUCGCAACUUCCCACCACGUGCAGUUGUGCCAUGGCUUCGGCGGCUCAGAUCAAACCCGAAACUCGUGGCUUGAUCUCCGCCCCCAAAUCAUUUAUACUGUAUAUGCAUAUACGCACCUACAGAUGCCCAACAGCAGAUUUCUUUAAAAAAUGAAUUCAUGUUUUCAUUGUAUUUGAGAGAAACGGGGCACUCCCCACCCUUUAAACGAUGCUGCUUGUAAAAAGGAAACCGACAAUUGUCUGGCAGGGACCAACCCUCAAAAGAGUGCCCAGCGUCCGUUACUCUGCGCACGUGUUGCUUCUACCGCCGUCUGUAGCCGCCUUUUUUUAAAAAAAAGAUUUUCUUGCUGGGAUGAGUUUUAAGUCGAUCCUGCUUUCAUUGCCUGAAGCUGCACGCCACUAAGCCACGCUGCACAUAGAGCAUGUCGUGCAGAAUUCAUUGUGCCAUGUUCCCAAAGAAAGGGGCCUGGAAUAGCUGGCUUCCUUAUGCCAAGGGGAGGAGGGGGUUCCCCUCAUCCCAGGUUUUGGAAAAAGCCCAUUUGUCUCCAAAUAAUGCAGGCUAGACUAAGAGGUCCGUGGAAUCCCGCCUUCUGGGUUUUUAAAUAGGCUGCUUCCCACUCUUUCAGCUGUCUGAAAGCACACUAGACAAUAAGCAUUGUUUCUUUUAAAGGAAACAUAGUGUAGCGUGUUCACUUGCUCAACAGGGGUUUUUUAUUGCCUUAAAAAUGCUGAUCCAGGAAAUUAAUGUGUUCUCAGGUGUGCUCUUUAUUACAUAGCUUUUUUCAGUUAAAUGAAACUGAUGGGUUGAUUAGUUCAACAACUUGUGGCUCUAUAUAAAGUGCCAUGAACAUUCUUAAAGUCUGUUGGCUGUAUGAUGGGCCAGAUGAGAGAUGUAGAAGCAAAGUAACCAUCUCAUGGGUCCCACCAGGUGAGAAUAGUUGCAAGAUUAGAAGUAUAGAUUGAAAACAAUCUUGUGAAUACAUGAGAGCAGUUCUUUUCACCCACAGACCCUGUGGGGCUCAGAUUUUGGAUCAAAUUCUUUCAGCACAUUACUGUGUGAAUUUAUACUUAGGAAUAGGUUUGUCUGAUUUGUUUAUUUUUAAAACCAUAUUCUCAACUUCCUAUGUAAGUGUACAUAGGUUUGGAGCCUAACAACGGAAAUGGAAUGUUUUCUUGUUAAAAUGCAUGUUCAGUGUAUGGGGGAGAAAGCAUGUGCAAAGGAAUACACAGUCAAAAGCAAAGCAGAUCGAGAAACAAUAUAGAUCAAAAUAUAUUGAUCCAUCCACAAUAUUGAGAACAAGCAUUACAUGUGUUUAUUGUGUUGCUAAUUAGAAUCUGACUUGAGGCACAUUUUUUUUUCCAGACAAAGAGCAGCAGGAAGCAAUUGAACAUAUUGAUGAAGUACAGAAUGAAAUAGACAGGUAACCCAGAUGGUGUUAUAUGUUUAUUCAGAAUACAUUAACAAGCAUCUCAAUGCUUACGUUAUAAAACAACAUAGCUGAUAAAAGCUUUUUGUCUGCUAUUUAGUAAUUUGCUUAUAAAGAGUUAUAAUAUAAGGCAGCUGGAAUGUACUUCGAAACUUGAAAACAUGACCUGUGCUUAUUUGGAUUUCAUCUAUUAAAUACAAAAGUUGAAAAGGAAACUGCUGGUAGCAGUAAGAAGCUCGUAUAUUUUGGACAGAGAUUUUCAUAAGUGAUGUGAGUCAAUGCUGCUUAUUAAGAUGCCAGCUAUGGGUGUGGAAGGGGAAGGAAAUCAAGCCCCCCACUCACCCCAGCAGCCAAAGAUGCAACCUGCAAAUUACACACAUUAUUGCUCCUCCUUUCUGUGGAUUUUACAAAGGCUAUUCAUGGUAUUUCUUAAGUGUGAAACAAUGCACCUGGUUCAUAGGGGUUGCAAAAUGAAUGAACGUUGAUUUGUUUCAUUUUUCAUUCCCUGCGUGCGUACCUACUGUCAGCAAUCACAUGUGGGGCAAACUUGAGUUUUCUGAGCUAGUGGCCUUUCUGAACCUUGGGUCCCCAGAUGUUAAUGAACUACAACUCAUAUCAUCCUUGAUCACAGGCCGUGAUGGCUAGGAAUGAUGGGAGUUGUAGUCCAACCACAUCUAUGAACCAGAGUUAAACCUGAGAUCUAUAUAUGGGAGAUGCUGUGCAAUGUGGUAAUAGGGUGUAUUUGACUCAAUUAAUGCCACUUGAGAAUGUUUACUGCUCUACAAUUAAGACUGAAUUCAUCAUCAUUCAGAUAUAGUGGUCACUCUGGUUACAAACUUAAAUUCGUUCUGGAGGUCUAUUCUUAACAUGAGGCAUGCUUUCGCUAAUGGGGUCUCCCGCUGCUGGUGCUGCGCUGCCGGCGCACGACUUUGCUCACAUCCCAGGGCAAAGUUUGCAACUAGGGGCAUCUACUUCUGGGUUAGUGGCGCUCGUUACCCGAAGCAUUUGUAAGGAGAACGGUACGUAACACGAGGUUCUGUAUUAGGCUCUGAUCUGGAAGGAUAGAUAGUUUGUUGCUUAUUUGGGCAAAAAAGUCACCCUUAUUUAACAGUGCAUCAAUGACCUGGUCCCAUUGGUUUCAGAUUAAACUUUCAGGUUGUUAGAGAUUAAAAUAAACUAAUCCUUCUACUUAGUGUUCUAUUUCCCCCCCAAUCUGCUGUGAAAUGUCAUGCUGCUUUGAUACUUCCCCUACACUUUGGAUCUCCCAUUUUGUUUGAAUCUUGUCUUUGCUAUAGACUGAAUGAACAGGCCAGUGAGGAAAUUUUGAAAGUAGAACAGAAGUACAACAAACUCCGCCAACCAUUCUUCCAGAAGAGGUCAGAAUUGAUCGCCAAAAUCCCGAACUUUUGGGUAACAACAUUUGUCAACCACCCACAAGGUACAUUAAAGUGCUAUAAAUUCUAAAUAUUUAUUUUAUAAAUUAAUUUGUGCUAAUUUCUCAAAGUGACUUGCGAUACUGAAUAUCCUAUCCAACAAGAUAUUUUUUUUGUUCUGGACUGUGUUGUUAAUGAACCUUUUUCUAUUUUUAUCAGUGUUUACUUAGAUUUUAUUAAUUGUCUUUUCUAUGUUUUUAGCUUGUUCUGUUUUUGUAAGCCACCUUGAGUCCUGGACUGGGAAAAAGGCAGAUAUAACUAAAGAUAAUAACAGUAACAACAAGAUGAGAGUCUAUGAAAAACAAUGCAGAUGUACUCUCUCUAAUGCAAAACCUUUUAUUCAGAUUCCUAAACAUUGGCUUUCUUUUGUAUUAUUUGGCUAUAUUGAGCAGUGUUGUUGAGGUGAAAGCACAGCUUCCAUCAGUGGAAUCUCUGAAGAAGUUCCUGGUGGGGAGGGGACUGUGGCAGGGAGAAGUUUGUUGUCAGAUGCAGCCUACUUCACUUUAGCUUCAGGCCUCAGCAUUCUACAAAAACAAGUCAGAAAUAAUUUAUUAGAACUGAGUUUAUAUUAGUUGAUUUCCAUUAUGUGGAUGAAGUUGAAGAACCCGGCAGCAAUAUAUGUUUCAGAGCAGGUUAGGAAAUAAAAUUCUGUAAGGUGGUGAUGCUUCUGCUGAUGAAUAUGUAAAAUGCACAUGUGAUGGAAACUUUGUAAUUCUCUGAUAGUAUCUGCACUGUUGGGAGAAGAAGAUGAAGAAGCGCUGCAUUAUUUGACCAGGGUGGAAGUGACAGAGUUUGAAGACAUCAAAUCAGGUUACAGAAUAGAUUUUGUAAGUAAAGGUGUGCUGCAGCUUCCUUACCACGUUUGUGGAUGGCUGGGAGAACAGCCUAGUGCUCCCUGAGGCCGUGCUUUGAAAUAUCUAUGCCGUGUAGUGGUAUUGACGUUCUUACAUUUUCUUGACUGCAGUAUUUUGAUGAGAAUCCAUAUUUUGAAAACAAGAUGCUCUCCAAAGAGUUUCAUCUGAAUGAGAGUGGGGACCCAUCAUCAAAAUCAAGCGAAAUCAAAUGGAAAUCUGGAAAGGUACGUAGCUGCAGAUUUCUUUGAAUCCCUGUUGGUUUUGUGGGAUAGUUGAUCCCAGACACUAGCAGUGUCUUCUCCAAACUCUCUUUCCUCCUUGCAUGGGUGAAACAAAGCACGGUUGUAUCUGAUGGAUUUUGUGUGAUCUGGUGUUUCAGAGGAUGGAAUUUAUGAGCUGCUGAGAUUGCUGUGAGAACUUUUGGAAGCAAAUAAUACAUGUGGACGCCAACCUAUAGGUUAUAUCCAGUAUUAGUUAUACUUUAAGUAGACCCAUUGAAAUGAAUGAACACGAUUCAGUUAGGUGCAUUCCAUGGGUCUACUGUGAGUACAACUUGGUUGGGCACAACCCUUUUGUGUAGUGUGAAGGGAGGCGGUUAAUUUGCAAAACAGCAUGGUACUGCUGGGAGAUGGAAAAGGGACAAGCAUAUAAAGAUAUUAAAAACUAAUUGUUUUAGUUUAUUCAUUUAUUCCAUCCUUAUCCUGCUCUUCCUCCACGAAGCACAGACACAUACAUGGUUUCUCCCCUCUGUCUUCACAGCAACCUUGUGAAGAAGGUUAGGAUGUGAGAGUGACUGACCUAAGGUCACCCAUUCAGUGUCAUGACUGAGGAUCUGAACCUGAAUGUAAUCAGGUUGGCUCCGAGCAACUCCAUAAAGAUGCUUGAGGAGGCUUAGAAGUCGGAUUUUAGUAAUUCAGUUGUUAUGUCUUCUACUUCUGUGGCCUAAAAUUGCCUGAAGAAUCAUAUUAGAUGCAAAUCUGUUGGAAUCUUUCCUCUCUCCCCAUCCCACCCAGCCAAUGCUUUAAUGGAGAGAACCAGAAAUAACACUAAAGAAACUGGAAUGGCCUAAUUCACCUGCUUCUUUAGCAUAGCAGCGUGGGAUGUUUCCCUGAGCUACGAUAAUUCCACUUGCUUGCCUGAAGGGAAAGGGAGGUGUGUUUGUAGAAACCUCUAAUUUUUGUGUUGCUGGGAUGUGAUCUGCUGUGUCUAGGUUGUCCGCAAGGGGAUGUGUCCCUGCUGAAAAAGUACAGUUGUAGCCGUGGGAUAUUCCUGAUGAAAAGGUCUGUUUCAUUCAACAAUCUGGAAUUCUCUGCCAUGUGAGAGUGUUGCACCACAGCUACACCAUGUAAAGAACCCUUAAGGGUGCUGAGAGUUGGGAGAUCCUUAACAAACUACAGUUCUCAGGGUUCUUUAUGAGGAAGCCUUGACUGUUAAAGUGCUGUGGAAGUAGAAUUACUUUAGAAUGGACAGUUCAUCUGUACCAUCUGAGGGCCCUUAAUCUUGUGCUCCUAAAUUAUAUUUUCUCUGAAUUUGGUGGGGAAUACCAAAAGCAGUUUGCUGCUGCUGCUGCUGCUGCUGCUGCUGCUGCUGCUGCUGCUCCAUAAUCUUGUUCAGUAAGUGGUCCAGUGCUUCACAGUUUCUGAAUAAAGAUGACAGAUUAGCAAUCUGAGUAUCUUUUCAGUGGAAAAACUCAGUUUCAGAAGGAAGUUUUGAUGUUUCUGUUGCCUUUCUUUUUGUAAGGAUCUGACAAAGCGCUCAAGUCAGUCACAAAACAAGGCCAGCAGAAAGAGGCAGCAUGAAGAACCGGAGAGCUUCUUCACCUGGUUCACUGACCAUUCUGAUGCUGGUGCCGAUGAACUAGGCGAGGUCAUUAAAGAUGACAUCUGGCCGAACCCAUUACAGUACUACUUGGUAAGAGUCUUUAAAUGAGUUUGCAUCAUGCUUCUAGGAGGGGGGGGAAGUUGAGUAAUUUAAGAUAAACAUGCUAACGUUUUAAUUGUUCUUCAAAUAAGGUUCCUGAUAUGGAUGAUGAAGAAGGUGAGGGAGAGGAAGAUGACGAUGAUGAGGAGGAGGAAGAAGGCUUGGAGGACAUUGAUGAGGAAGGUGACGAAGAUGAGGGCGAAGAAGAUGAAGAUGAUGACGAGGGAGAAGAAGGAGAGGUUGGAAUGACACUUGCCAUUUAGCAAUGGCUUGUAAAUAGGCUUAGGAAGAGCAGAACCAGUCAUUUUUGCCAUGGCAUCUUCUCUGCAUGCCGUAGUCUUGAGUGACUUGGGUUAAGUAGCUGUAAUUUGAAGGAUCUCCCCUUCAUGUGGAAGAUCAGUGUUUUGAACAGUACAGGAGCAGAAGCUUGUUCAGUGUGUUUAUUAGGACAGGCCCCUUAGCAAGCAUCGUCAGGAUAGCAGUUUUGCCUUGUGAUGUAGAAGUAGAGCAGAAAAGAGUGUGGUAGAGCCUCUCCUGAAAAGUAAAAGAGGGGAGGGAAUGGAUGGUAUGAAAUUUGGAUUCUUAUGGCGAUUACUUAACAGUGUGUUUAAAUGUUGCAUUUCUUUCAACAGGAGGAUGAAGGAGAAGAUGACUGAACACUGACAGAUUCCAACCACCCUCUUUCCUCCCCGUUUCCCCCAUCUCCAGUCCCUGGGAGCAAGUUGCUGUCUAUUCCCCACCCCCACCCCCAAUCCUUUUCGUGCUCAGUCGCCUUGUUCUCCUGAGGUCUUUUUUUCCUCUCCUCUUCACCAUGGUUCACAAAUAAUUUUGCAGAAAAUAUCAAGCAGCAUUUGGUGGAAAUGAAAUCUUUACUCAUUUUGUUACCCUCCCCACUUCCUCUUUCUAAACAAAACAAAAACUUUUAAUAAAAUCAACACACUGUGUUCUGUGGGGAAGAAAGAACCUUCUCCUCCCUUCACUCUGCUGGAAGCUGAAGAGUGCUAGGCCCCUGUGUAGUAGUGCAUAGAAUCUAGCUUUUUCCUCCUUUCUCUGUAUAUUGGGCUCAGAGAUUACACUGUGUCUCUAUGUGAAUAUGGACAGCAUUUACCAACAUGUAUCUGUCUACUCUUGUUUUUUAAUUAAAAAAAGCUUAAAAAAGGAGGGGGUUAUAGACAAUGUAAGCAAGGGUGGGUUUCAGAUGUUGGGGUGGGUUAAAGGGGCAUUUGAACAAAACAAUACGUCUCCUUUGGCAUGUUUAAUCCCAAUAAACAUCCUUGCAGUUUAAAAUAUGACACUUAGGAGAUUUUUUUUUAAUUACAGUUGAGCCCUGCCACUUGAUGGAGAAUCAGCAGAACCUGUAGGACUUUGUUUGGAUUUCACAUUCUCUAUUGUAAUUUUGUUCUUUGUUUUGUUUUUUCAAAAGAAUUUUGUUUUACUGGAAAAAGAAAGUUGCUCAGUUCUGAAUGUUCAAAAGUGUACAAGUUGCUUUGUUACAAUAAAACUUAAUGUGUACACAAGGGGGCUAAUAGUCUUCACUGGAAAAAUGAAAUAAAAACAUGUUCGACCCCACCCCUUUAGUUUGCUUUCUCAGUAU